CAAAUACUAAAAGUUGGUCAAUUUCCGAAACGGGAUCUGCCUUUUGGUAAAAUAAAAAUAAAAACGGGUAACGGCUACUUCGAGCAUGACCUACGUGGAUCCCCACCUAGCAGCACGCUCCACAAGGCAUCUUCUCCUUUUCUUCUCAGCAAACAACAUCAAACACUUCACACUCUGUGAGUCACUGUUAAUCUCUCUUCCUGCUUCGUUCGUCAAUUAGGGUUUUCCAGAUCAACACCGACAACAUGAACUUGAACAUCUUCAAGAAGAAAACCUCACCCAAAGAAGCUCUGCGGAGUAGUAAGAGAGAAAUGGCUGUUGCAACAAGAGGAAUUGAAAAGGAGAUAGCAUCACUUCAGAUGGAGGAAAGGAAAUUGGUGGCAGAGAUUAAACGAACAGCCAAAACCGGAAAUGAGGCUGCCACUAGAAUAUUGGCUCGUCAACUUGUUAGGCUACGCCAACAGAUAACCAAUUUGCAGGGAAGUCGUGCUCAGAUCAGGGGUGUUGCAACUCACACACAGGCAUUAUAUGCAAGUACUUCAAUCUCUACAGGUAUGAAGGGUGCCACUAAAGCAAUGGUGGCAAUGAAUAAGCAAAUGGCACCAGCAAAGCAGGCGAAGGUGAUCCAAGAAUUCCAAAAGCAGUCAGCACAAAUGGACAUGACGAUUGAGAUGAUGUCAGAAUCCAUAGAUGAAACUUUAGACAAAGAUGAAGCUGAGGAAGAAACAGAAGAGCUCACUAACCAGGUUCUUGACGAGAUUGGAGUGGAUAUUGCAUCCCAGUUAUCUUCUGCUCCGAAAGGACGGAUUGGUUCAAGGAGUGCUGAAAAUGUUGCGCCAAGACCAGCAGAAUCCAAUGAUGUGGAAGAUCUUGAAAAGAGACUGGCUUCUCUUCGGAGGAUAUGAAGAUCAGCUACAGCUGCUGAUAGAUAUGUUUCAUAUUGUACAAAUCAUGAUAUAUAUGCUAUAUAGCAAUAUCGACACUUUAUUAAUGGCGCCUGGUAUUAUUACUGAUUUUCUACUGAUGUGUUUUAGAUAUGAAUAAUUCUAGUUUGUUGGACUGGAAUGUAUCACUAGCAGAGACAUCUAUAAAUUGUUUAGUCAGAAGUUAGUCCAUAAAUCUAUUUGGUGAAGUACCAGUUACUAGA